GCAACAUCCAGUGCAGACAUGGAAAAAGAAAACACAACUUUGCUGACAGAGUUUGUUCUUACAGGACUUACAAACCAACCACAGUGGAAAAUCAUCCUGUUCCUGGUGUUCUUUGUGACAUACCUCAUCACCAUGGUGCGGAACCUUGGUCUGAUUUCUCUUAUCUGGAAAGAUCCUCACCUUCACAUCCCCAUGUACUUUCUACUUGAGCAUUUAGCCUUUGUGGAUGCUUGGAUAUCGUCAACAGUGACCCCGAAGAUGCUGGUCAAUUUCCUAGGAGAGAGCAACAUAUCUCUUGCUGAAUGCAUGGUACAGUUUUUUUCAUUUGCAAGCAGCGCAACCACAGAGUGUUUCCUCUUGGCAGCAAUGGCUUAUGAUCGCUAUGUAGCUAUAUGUCAACCUCUACUGUAUCCUGUGAUUAUGACCAAUAGACUAUGCAUUUGGCUACUAGUUUUGUCAUUUGUAGGUGGCUUUCUUCAUGCACUACUUCAUGAAAGCUUUUUACUCAGAUUAACCUUCUGUAAUUCCAACAUAGUACAUCACUUUUUCUGUGAGGUUAUACCAUUGUUAAAGAUUUCUUGUACUGAUCCUUCUAUCAAUCAUCUAAUGCUUUUUAUUUUCUCUAGUUCAGUUCAAGUUUUCAGCAUUGUGACUAUUCUUAUUUCUUAUACACUAGUUUUCUUUACAAUUUUAAAAAAGAAGUCUGAAAAGGGAAUGAGAAAAGCCUUCUCCACCUGUGGAGCCCACCUCUUUUCUGUGACUUUAUACUAUGUCCCUCUGCUUUUUAUGUAUGUGCAUCCUGCAUCUUCACAAGCAAAUGAUCAAGACAUGUUCUUCUCUAUAGUUUACACUGUCAUCAUUCCUGUGUUAAAUCCUGUGAUAUACAGCCUGAGAAACAAGCAGGUCAUAGAUUCAAUAACAAAAAUGUUGAAAACAAAUGUUCCAAUCUCCUGUUAA